AUGUGGCCAUAUUUGAAGAUCAAGUGUGUAACCAUUGGACAGAAUGAGCAUGAUGUCGGACGGAGGGGGCCGGGGGGUGGGGGGGAGUCCAGCAAGCCGUACGAUUACCUCCUCAAGUUCCUUCUGGUGGGAGACAGUGACGUCGGGAAGCAUGAGAUCCUUCAGCCCUUGGAAGAUGGUUCCACCGAGUCGCCCUUCUGUGUUGGCAGCGGACACAAGACGACCACAAUCCUGCUGGACGGGAAGAGGGUCAAGUUACAGCUGUGGGAUACAUCCGGCCAAGGAAGAUUCUGCACCAUUAUAAGAUCUUACUCUCGAGGUGCCCAGGGCAUCCUCCUUGUGUAUGAUAUCACCAACAAAUGGUCAUUUGAGGGCUUAGAUCGAUGGAUGAAGGAAAUUCAGGAGCAUGCUCCUGGUGUGCCGAAGGUAUUGAUUGGGAACCGACUUCACCUAGCUUUCAAGAGGCAGGUGAGCCAAAGCCAAGCAGAACAAUAUGCAGCCAAAAACCACAUGAAUCUAUUUGAAGUUAGUCCACUGUGUGACUUCAAUAUUGUGGAAAGUUUUACAGAACUCUCACGGUUGGCUUUAAAACGGAAUGGUAUGGAGAGACUCUGGAGAGCGAAUAAAGUGUUAACGCUCCAAGAACUUUGCAGUAGAGCCAUAGUUGCAACAACAACUGUGUAUGGUAUUGAACACUUGCCACUACCACACUCAAUCAAGUCACACCUCAAAAGCUAUACCAUCCAUAAUCAUGCUACAAGACUCAGACAGGGGAUUCCAUUAACUGAUAAGCACAAAAAGAAGCACCUGAUGAUCCCAGGAGACACCACAACAUCCUGUGUCAACACUUCCACAUGUGUUAUCUGCUAGUCACAACUUGGGGUUAUCUAUUGGUGAUUUGCCAAGUCACAGCCUUCUUUAACCUGUCAGCUUGGAGUUAAAUGUUAUUACCAUAUCAGCUCACAAGUCACUGUCACCUGCAAUUCUUCAUUGGCUGUUGUUGUUUGUGUAUGAUAGGAUUUUAUGAUAUAAUAUAGAAGAUUCAGCAUUGGCAUAACUAUAUAAAGAUAAAGAAAUUUAUUAAUGAAAUACUGAUUUAGUGUGAUAGCACGAUGAAAGUUUUGCUAUGUCUAUCUUUAGCAUCUAUAAGUAUUAAACAUGAAAUACACAUGAUGUCAUAUAUACAGUUAGAAUUAUAAUCAGUGUAGUAGCCAAUGUCAUUUUUGUAAUUACCACCAUUAAGGUAUCACAGAUCGUGUUGAAAUUGUAGUCCAUGUACAGAAGCAUUGAUGCCUGAUAUGGCUUAUGAUUAAUCUCAUCAUUGAUAUGUGUAUCACUCUACAAAUUCAUAAUACACAAGGUAAAUUGUUUAGUAGCUGCAAACAGUUUUAUGUCUAGAUAAAAAGAUAAUUUUCUAGAUGUGGAGCUAUUAAAUUGUGUAACCAGAUUCUGAAAUAAUUUUUGGUAAGUCUGCAUAUUGAAGGUUUAUUGUGGACAUGAUGGAAUAUAUUUAUUUGAGUUUGAAAAUGAAGGUUUUGAAGUUUCAUUUUAGAUAUAAAUAUAUAUUUUUUAUGAUUUGAUUAAGAUUGCUGGUGACACUGUGUAUCAUAAAGUUAAUGAUAUAAUGAUCUGAUAUGCUAAAAUUUAAUUUUGUAACAUUGUAUAUUACAGUGAUUUUCAGUUGCAUGUAUGUAAUGGAAGAUAUAUUGUAAUUGAAGUGUGAAAGAAACCAAAAAAUGGAAGGUGAGAUAUGGCAGUUGAUUGGCAAUGUUCAAAUCAAAGACUCUAAAAGUACUUGUAGUAACAUAAGUGAAAUUACAAGAAAUAUGUGGUUUUGGAAUACUGAAAGUCUAUUUCCUAUUACAAUAUGUGAUACAAUGAUGAAAAAGAGUUGUGCUCAGGUGAGGGGUAAAUUCUUCUGAAUAGGGAAUUGACAACAAAAUUUACCAACAGUUGUAUGAAAGAGUAUGCUGUAGAAAAAAAACAGUAAUAUGAUGCCAAUUCAACAUGUAUUGCAUUGAUACAAAAUGCCCUCCUUGCUUACCUGUAGAAUUUGCUGAGACAUUGCAAGAUAAUGAUUGCAGUAAUUAAAAAUACAUAUAUAUAACACAGCUUCACUGCACGUUAUUUGCAUUAUUGUAUUCAUAUUUCAGUUUUAUUCAUAGAUGCAAAAAAUGGAAGAGAAACAUUGUUAAUGCAUACCUUUGUGUUGUGUUUUUAUAUUUACAUCAUGUAAGGCACUUAGUGACUUCAACUUUCUAUAUUUGUUUUGAAGAUGAGUGAAAUUUUUGCCUUUAAGUAUGAGUUCUACAAAGGAUAGAAAGACAGUGAAAGAUAUUUUUAGUACAUUAUAAUAAGGAUACUUAAUGAUACUUAUUAAAAGAGUGAAAUUUAUAAGGAUAGAACAUAGGCAAGAUUGAGAUUAUACUUAGAUAUUAGGAUGAUAUUCCUUUUUUGUUUGUGUUCUUAAUUGGCUUCAUGUGGCAGCUUUUUCUGUGAUUAGUCAGUUAUGUUUAAGCUCAGCCUUAAUUGUCUGUGAAAAAUACUGUUGUUCUACAGGCAUUUUGCAUGUAAUUAAUUUAUUAAUCCAUGGGCAAUACCUGGAAGAACAAAUGUUUUUGUAUUUUGUGUUAGGUUUCAUAACUCAUUUUCCUUUUUAAUCUGCUUUUCAUAAUGACAUAACCAUUACAGUUUGGCACUAGCUGAGAAAAUUCUGUUUUGCAAGAUGCAAAUAUUUGCUCAUAAAUAUUAUUUCCUGUUUUGUUAAUUUGGUAAGAAGAGUAGCUCUUUCAAAAAAAGAAAAAAAAGAAAAGAAAAAAAAAACUUUUGUUUUUGGAUAGUAUUUUUUUUUCGCUAUAUAGUUGUGUUACAAAAUCACUCAUUCUUUUUACCAUUUUAUUAGGUCUGGUAGCUUUUCUGUCACGUUUGCUUCUGGGAAAUAAAGUAAUUUUCUUCUAAACAGUAUUAUUAGAUAAGUAAAGUUUUGAAAAUGAAAAUUUAGAUAUUUCAGUUUAGUGUUAUUGAAAUAUCUUAUAUUCACAAAUUAAUUAUUUUGAUUGUUUACAAUUCCUAGGGAAGAAAUGAAAGAAUGAGUAUGGUCAAGGUUGUAGGAGAAAGUAAAGAAAUUCAGUAUUUAAUAAUAAAGCUUGAAAUCAAAGAAAGAGUGAGUAUAAAAGCAUUUUUGUUUUAUAGAUUGCUUGAAUGUAUAUGACAUAAGAGUUGUGGUAUGCAAAAUUCAACAUUUGUUUAGAAGGAAGAUCGUAAAACUGAUAGCAUAGGGAAGUUCCUGCUAGUUGUGUCUUGGCAAAUAUCAUACUCUGACUUGAGGCAACCCUUCUUACCCCACAACUGUUGUCCAGUCUUUAAAUUGCCCUUUAGUGCGUUUGAGCCCUCCUUUAUGUCACAUUAUUAAAUAUUUAUCUACCCAUUUUUGCACUGUUUUGAAAUGGUUCUCAUACUCCAGUACUGUCACUAUACUAUGCCAAUGCGAAAUGCUGAACAUCUCAUUUUACAAUUUAAUAUAUGCUCAACAGGAAUCAAAUUCAUCUGUUCAGAUCCCUGAUUUUGUCUAGUGUCCAUGAUCAGUUUCUUUUGCAAUAUGAAGUAAAUGUAUCAAUGUUUCAGGGUAAAAGUUUGCAAGUACAGGCAUGAAUAUAAUAAAUGGAGUAUGUAGUAUGAAGGAGGGCAUAGAAUAUCAGAUUUGAAGAUUAAUGAGGAUAAAUGUUUUUUUAUGCAACUGUUAAAAUGUAUGUAUGCAACAGAAAUAUUAGCAUCAUUCAUCACAAACCAAAUAUUAUGUAACCUGCAUUAUCAUAAAGUUUAUGACAUCACUGUUUCUUGUUAAUGGCAUGUUAAUGUUUGUAGUUUUUAAGAAAAUAUUUGAAGAUCCUUUAUAGCACUUGUUGAUGUCACUAGUAUUUCUUGAAUAUUUUCCCUGUUUGUCCAAAUGAAAAAUGAAAGAAAAAAAAUACAGAAG